GGAUUUAUAACCCGCGUGUCCGCAUGCUGUGCCUCUAUUGGCUGGCGGUGCCCAGGGGGCGGGGUUGUAGUGCUGACGUCACGCUCGCCCUCUGCCAUUGACCCUGUCAGUGUCGGUGGAGGAUGUUGGGAUCGCUGGGGAGGAGCGGCCUGCGCUCAUUGGCUGGUAGGUAACACGGGGCCCCUGGGAGCCAAGGGCCACACACAGCCCACUCCCCCGCCGCCCCCUACACUGACAUGACUACAACUCCCAUGAUGCUCAGCUAGAAUGGCCUCACACUGCUGCUGGCUGGGGAUCAUGGGAGUUGUAGUCUGCAGGACUACUACUCCCAUCAUGGUUUAAUCAGCCAUAAAGGAUCAUGGGAGUUGUAGUUUGCAUUACUGCAGGACUACUACUCCCAUCAUGGUUUAAUCAGCCAUAAAGGAUCAUGGGAGUUGUAGUUUGCUUUACUGCAGGACUACUACUCCCAUCAUGGUUUAAUCAGCCAUAAAGGAUCAUGGGAGUUGUAGUUUGCUUUACUGCAGGACUACUACUCCCAUCAUGGUUUAAUCAGCCAUAAAGGAUCAUGGGAGUUGUAGUUUGCAUUACUGCAGGACUACUACUCCCAUCAUGGUCCAAUCAGCCAUAAAGGAUCAUGGGAGUUGUAAUUUGCUUUACUGCAGGACUACUACUCCCAUCAUGGUUUAAUCAGCCAUAAAGGAUCAUGGGAGUUGUAGUUUGCAUUACUGUAGGACUACUACUCCCAUCAUGGUUUAAUCAGCCAUAAAGGAUCCUGUGAGUUGUAGUUUGCAUUACUGUAGGACUACUACUCCCAUCAUGGUUUAAUCAGCCAUAAAGGAUCCUGGCAGUUGUAGUUUAUCUGCUUUCUCUUAUCAGUGAGUAGCAGGGACCCCUGUCCAGCUGCAUUGUUUGGGAGGAGAGCCCUUGCUAUAAUGAGUAUUGUGGGAUAGACAGGUCUAUAGAACAGGUGUGGGUCCCUGGAGCAUUGGAUAUAUAAUCUUUUUAUUGUUACGGUGGAUUCCUUGUCCUAAUUCACACAUUUAUUUCAGUUUGAAUAUCUUUACGUCUGUAUAAAGAUUAUAUUUCAAAAUUCCUACAAUGGCAGCUAAGAAACCAGUGAUUUAUUUCAUUUCUCUGAAUAAUCCUAAUGUUUUGUGUAAAUAUUUAUUUUCUAGAUUUUAAACAUAAAUUUCAGGAUUCUUUCAAGUAGCCAGGAAGACAUGUAAGUGUUUAGAUGUUUCACAUAAAAAAUUCUAAAAUCUAAUUUCCCUGAUAAAUUCUGACCAUUAAAUAUUGGCUGAAGUGAUAGCGGAGAGACUUGGCCCAUUGCUGGUUUCCCCCAUUCUCCCAAACCAGGCUGGCUUUGUACAGUGACAGCCGAUUUUCUAUGAGAAUACCAGAUGUAGUCUUGAGUUUAUCUGGAGAUUAGCUACCUAGUUAACGCCUUCUCUGACCUGUGUUUGAAUGCAGAGAUGGAGCUCAUUGUCCUUCUUCCAACUGUAUCAGCAGUUUGCUUUCCCACUAUUAUUCCAGCAGUCAAAGCUCUAUAUUCCUCCCCUAGAGCUCAGACAAUAUUCCAGGGAAGUGAAGCAACCUUUGUUGGGUGAUGAAACAAGGCAAGGCUGCCCGCUGUCACCAGUUCUGUUUGUGAUGACCUUGGAGCCAGUCUUACACGCAAUAAGAACCCCUCCCCACCGCCAGAGUAGAGGAAAUGGUGUCUAUAAGGGGUCCGCUUGUACGGACAAUAUUAUACGGACAAUAUGAAAUCCAAUCUUUUCCAAUGUACAACUCCACAAGAUGCUGGUCUAUUACGGGGGAGCUGUCGGGAUAUAAGGUCAAUACGGAGAAAUUAGUGGCUAUGUCCCUCAUCCUCUUGGCUUCAGACACGGCUCAGAUUGAAGCACAGUACUACCUGCCAAUCACUAGGAACUCAUUUAAAUAUCUAGGAGUACAACUCACGGCCGAUCCCUCCAAGAUAAUAGAGAACAACUAUAAUUUUCCGCAUGGAUUGGUCUUCCCAAAAGCCGUAUUGCCCCGCUACAGUCUGUAAUGAAUGCUGCCGCCAGACUGAUUCUCCUCUCUAGUCGCUCCUCUCACACCUCUCCUCUCUGUCAUUCCUUACAUUGGCUUCCUGUAUCCCAUAGGAGUCAAUUUAAAGUGCUAACCCAUACAUAUAAAGCACUGAGCAAUUCUAGCCCCUCCUAUAUCUCUUCAUAGAGACAUAGGGAUGCCCCUUCUCGGUCUUUCCGAUCUGCCCAUGACCACCUCCUGACCGCUGCUUGCACUCGUACAGGCAACUCGCCAACUUAAGAAGUGCCCUAAACCCAUCUCUUUAGGAAAGCUUAUGGCCCCCCAGAGUAACCUCUACCUCACAUACCUGUCUCUUGCUCUCUCCUAAAGGGCAGCACUUUACUCUCUCCUCCAGCUCUGCUUCACUCCCACCUUAUUUGAUUCCUAUUUCCUGUCCUAAUCUGUUUUACACCCCACAUCCUAUAGACUGUAAGCUCGUUUGAGCAGGGUCCUCUUCAACCUAUCGUUCCUGUAUGUUUUCUUGUAAUUGUCCUAUUUAUAGUUACACCCCCCUCUCAUAAUAUUGUAAAGCACUAGAGAAUCUGUAAACUGUGCUGUGUAGAUCGGUGGGAGGGUGACCUGGGGGAUGUCUUUAUUCCCUUGCCUCGCUCUGCCUGUCUGAGACCCUUGCUCUCCAUGUCAGUAUGGACAUAUAGGUUUGGAGCCUGAACCCAUACCUUCUCCUUUCCACGCCAGUCACUGAUUUGGUCUCUCGUAGAUUGCUAAUUAUAUCUGUUUUGCCCCUCUGGUAUAUCCUUUUGGGCUGUUUUCCACCCCCUCUUUUUUUUUAAUACCGCUUUCCUUAAACUUCAGUGUUUUUGUGCCACCACGCUAGGCUUGGAAGGAGAAUCAGGAUUCAGAGUCAAAUAUUCCCUCGUCCUUUGCACUUACUGAUCUUGAUGACUGUAGUUGUUAGUUUCCCUGUUCCCAGAUAAUUCUUGGUUAAUUCACUUACCAGGCGUCUGGCAACAGAUGGCGAUGCGUAAUUACAUUAUCCUGAGAGGACGUGGGGAGACCACAUAGUGGAUUAUUCGGCAAGCAGAGGCCGUGCUUACCGUACAUAGGGGUGUAUGUGUGGCUCUAUUAAUGGAAUUAUCAAUAGACCACCCCUAAUUUAAAGAUGGUUUUAUGCUGCGGUUCAUUAAAUUUUCAAAUUGCUACAUUUAUCAUAAAAGCACAUUCAUACUGUGCAAACACACAAUGGCCAGAUUUGUCUUGAAAUUGUUACAGUAUGUACACUAUUGUGAAUAACUAUGACUAUGCACCCUAACACAGUGUUACAUAAUCCCUCCAAGCAGGUCUGUCCGCGUUAAACUUGACGUGUAGAAGGCUGUAUCUCUAAAUCACAUCCGCUUUAGGACUUCCCCGUCCUCCCCCCAAUACUAAUAGCCUGUAUUAAGGUCAGGGCUAUUUUACUUUAUGGAUAUUCUUUCUGAAUUCUGCACAGGAGGCUCGGUUAAUGUUAAGUAGCUGUCACUUAUUCUCACCGCUCCAGAACCUAGCUAUCAAUCAUUACCCGUCUUAAUGGUGUAGAAAGGAAGUGAAGCCCAUUACCCAGACAUUAAAUAAAAAUGGGAAAUGUACAGUGACUCUUAUUGUGUGAUUUAGAAAGUACUAGUUGAUGUUUUGCUUCUUCCAGGGAGAGCCGCUCUGCUGAAUGGAGGAGCUGGUUCUUUCCCAAGACAGCUGGGGGUCCAGGACCUCGCAGCCAAGAGGUUUUUGUGUAGUAAACCGGAAGAGGUCCAACCCAAGGAUCCUGGUGAGUGAAACAAAUGUUUUGGUGAAAUGACGCAGUGGGUGGGACCUGCUUGACCAUUGGUAACCCACCUGUCAAUCGCCGUUUCUCUGUAAUCCUAGACACUAGUUACUGCUUUGUCCCAUCAGUCAGUUUUUCUCUGUUUGCCGACUGUGUAUUGUUCUUCUCAUGGAGGGUUUAGCUCAUGGGAUAGCUCUUUUUCACAGACCUGUUUCUGUCUUUUCCUCCUUAGUCUGAGCAUGCAAUAAGCUCACUGACCGUCUAUUAAUUAUUCGGUCCUCACCAACACACCGGUCUUCUCUUUCUUCAAGGUGUCUCCUUCAAGGUACCUGGACACAGGCCGUCUGGCUUUGAGAAGAAGAUCCUGAUCUGGGGAGGACGUUUCAAGAAACAGGAGGACAUUCCUGAAAUCGUUUCGUGAGUUACCCAUUCCGGAGAGCCCUACACAGAGAGAGAGGAGUGUUGUGGGAGUGGGAGUCUGCCUCAGUAUGCAUGAUCAGAAUCUUAGAUCUUAGAGGUUUAUAUCCAGAUAUCGCUUCCAUAGCUGUUACACAUGAGGCAGAUUUUUAGUAAAAACCAAAAAAGGGUUUUGUAUUUUAAUUGUAUUUUGGUCUCUCCCUUCCAUCUAGCUACGAUAUGGUGGAUGCAGCAAAAAGCAAGGUGCGGGUGAAAUUUGCCGUUCUCAUGAUGGCGAUGACUAUUUUUGGCUGUAUCAUCAUGGUGAUAUUGGGGAAGCAGGUGCGUGUAUGCGUGUGUAUAUAUACCAUAUUCCUGUAUUGAUCACUACGCUAAGUGCAUACUACGCAUUAAGCACACAGGACAAAUACAAUUUAUUCUAGAGUCUAAAAUCUAAGGAACAUUGUAGAAUGUGCUGGCUAUGACUAAUGAAUUGUUUAGGUGGACUGGCUUUAUUUAUAUUUAUUGCACCAUCGUAAGGUGUCGCAGUGGGAGGAGCCACCAUGAGGUGGGCAGUGCUUGGGAUUGAAGAAUUGGUAGAAUACUUUAUUUCUUGUAUUGUACCUUUCUUUUUGGGCUGUUUUUUUUGGAUUUAUUUCUAUUUACUAAAUUGAUGUUAAAAUGGUAGCUCGCCUCAUGAUUGUAAAACGAAAUAAAUAAAAAAAAAAUUGGCAUUGAGUGGCCUUAUGAAAGAAGCACCUAGGUUAAUAUCCCGAGUUAUUGGCUUUUUAAAACCAUAAUUUGAAUGGUUCUGUAUAGUUUAAAGUGAGCAAUCCCAGUCCCCAAACGUAGUAACGUAAUCCUUCGCCGUAAUGCCGCGAUAUGUGACUUUGUUUUGGGUACUGUGAGUUCAAGGUUUGUCCUAGUAAUCAUUUAUCUCUUUAUAUAAAACACCCAAAUCUUCCAGCUGCAGUGUUUUAAUUCCUGUUAAACUGUGUCUUGUAAAGAUACGGCUUCUGUUUGAACUAGUUAUUUGUCCAGUGGGUCCAUGAAUAACUUCUUUUUCGAUGGACACUGUGGGGGUGUCUAUAUUUAGCACGCCGCCUGUUUAACCAUCUUUCUUGGCGCUGAGCUGCUUUCAGGAAGUGACCACGCUCCACAGGGGGAUUAUAAUAAGGCAGUUAUAUUAUUAUUUUCCUUUUUUAGUAUUCUGAAAAGACUUGCCAUAUACAGCUAAGUCUUUAAUAAAGAAAUCUUCAUUAACCCUUUGUGUGGGUGGUAGGCUACUUGGAAUAGGUUACGGUAAAAGGAACAGUCAGAGCACGCUGUACUGUUUAUGGUGCCCUAGGCAUGCCCCCAUUGUAAGAAGGCAAACACAGUAGUGGUAGUGAAAAAGAGAUUUAAGUUUGGAGAAACUCCAGCCCUCCAGAUGUUGCUGAACUAGAACUCCCAUGAUUCUAUGAAUGAAAUAGGCUGAGAAUCUUGGGAGUUGUAGUUCAGCAACAUCUGGAGGGCCGGAGUUUGUAGAAGCCUGCUUUAAGGCAACCAAUAGCUUCCAUUCACAAAAAAGGUAUCUUACGUGUUAGAACCUGGAUGCCGAUGGGGGCAGAUGGAGCGCCAGCUUUGGUUUAACCCCUACAGGGAUGCAGGGACCUCCUAGCAUCAUAGUGUUUAUUUAAUCAUUCUCCCUCCCAUUACCACGUGUCUGUUAUUCAAAUUAAUUUUUCUUCCUUGUGCUGGAUCCCAAUACCUGGCUGCAGCCAUUUUGUCCUCCUCUGCCAUGAUGUUUGCCUUUUGAUCUAUUGAUUUCAGUAGUUCCUACUUUUCUUUAUGUAUUUUAUGAAAACUAUUGUCAGAAAAAACAUAGCGAUUCAGACACCUGGAGCUCUAGAAUCACAUCUGAUAAAUGUAAAGGUAGGUACUGAGCAUGACACUGUCUAGAAUCUCUCAUUGCACUCGGGGUUCUUAGUGCUGUUGGCUUGUUUCUGCAUGGUUCGCGGCACAGUGCCGUCUGUGUUCCUCCACCAGGCUGGCUGUUUCCUGACUGAUAAAACGUUCUUUCCCUCACAGGCGGCAGGUCGGCACGAGUCGCUGGCCAACAUUAACCUGGAGAAGAAAGCCCGGCUUCGAGAGGAAGCUCUGAAAGAGCAGGCCAAACCCUAAAGAAGCACAAACACGGAUUAUAAAUGGACCCACCCCGCUAUCACAGAGCUGUAGAUUUUUACAUUGUGAGAUUUUAGUAAUAUAUAGUUAGCGCUGAUGGCACCGCGUCUGACAACGUCUCUGAUCUGACGUCUCGUUGGUGGGGAGGAGGAUGCCCUUUCAUCUUAUUUUAACUUCCUCCCUUCCAAAGGGGCUCGGUGUUCAGUGUUUCACCAAGAGCAACAUUCAUCCAGGUUCCACGAUAUAAUAAAGUCUUCGCUUGUGAAAAGUACAUUUUGUUUCAUUCACAAAAAACUAAAUUUCUAAUAAAAAUCUUUCUUUAAUGCUG